AUGAAUCUUAAACUUUUUCAUCUGUUUAUUUUGAAAUUUAUACUAUACACUUCUGUAUGUGUGAGUGGUGAAGAUAUUAUAGGGGACUUAGUACCUAACAAAGACAUAUCAUAUGUUAAGGAGUUAACAGAUGUAAAUUUUGAACACUUCACACAAUCAGCUACGGGAGCUACUACUGGAGAUUGGUUUGUAUUGUUUUAUUUGCCAACAUGUAAGCAGAGUCAAGCUGCUCUUAAAGAGCUUGAUAAAUUAUCUGUCAUUAUGAAACAAAAUCUUAAUGUAGCUAAAGUUGAUGUGACUAAAUGCCACUAUCUUGUUAAGAGAUUCGGAUUAACAGCAGUACCAGCUUUUAGAUUUUUUAGAAAGGGUAUGAUGUAUACUUAUACAGGAAUAAGGAAUGCUGAAGCUAUGAAGACUUUUAUUUGGAGUAGAGACUAUACAAAGGUUCCAUCUCAACCCGUACCUAGACCCCUAAGUACAUUCGAUGUAUUUAUUUCUGAAAUUAAACAUACUGUCAGUGAUAUUCAAAAACUUAUUAGACUGGCACCAAUUGUUACGAUAGUAAUAUUACUAACUGGAUUCUUUAGUGGAAUUGGCUUCACUACAGCUUUUAUGAAGAGCAAAAAACAUAACACAAAUAAAGAACACCUUAGUGACUACGAAUUAGAAGAAGAUGAAGAUGAAGAUGAAGAUGAAGAUGAAGAUGAAGAUGAAGAUGAAGAUGAAGAUGAAGAUGAAGAUGAAGAUGAAGAUGAAGAUGAAGAUGAAGAUGAAGAAGAAGAUGAAGAAGAAGAUGAAGAAGAAGAUGAGGAAGAUGAUGAUGAUAAUGAAGAAGAAGAAAGAUAUGUACCGAUACAGAAGAAAACCCCCUCAAAAGGAAGAAUUUCUGCAAUAGCUCAAGUUAUUGAGGAGGAUUACAAUGUGCCUACUAGUGUAAGGAGAUCUAUGAGACUUCGAAGAGUUAAAUAA